AACGCGUAAUAUUCGUCUGACUAUACCAGCAUAUUUGAGCGAGCAGCAUUAAAACUGACCAUCAUCAUGCAAAAUAAAGCCAGCCAACGCUCUUCAGUCUGUUAAAUUCUAAACUGGGAAUAAACGUGACCAACGAGGGAAGUGAGUGAACUGGAUUUGCUUCUUAAGUCUUUCUGCCUGGAUGUAGUUAUAUAUGAGGAGGCCAACGUGUUGUUCUUCUGUAGCCUGACGCCCAAGUCGCUUCAGGACUCAGGAUGAGGCCAGACAUGGAGACUGAUCCUGGAUCAGCAACACUGGAGAUGGGAGACAAGGCUCUUACGCAGAUCUUGGCUCAUGUGAUUGCUGAGGUGAGGGGCUCCAUCAGUAAAGAUAUUAAUGGGUCUGAACUCUUGUACAGUUUGCUUAAUGCUCCCUGGCUGCAGUCUCUACUAAAGGUGUAUGAAUGUCUACAGAAGCAACUGAAGGAUUCCGCUAGGCCAUAUCUCUCCUAUUCAUCUGGACUUUCUCUACAGAUUCUGUCUGACCUGCUGGCAAUACCAAGCCCCUCAAAUGAAGCUCGAGAACUUUAUGACCUCCUGAGUCAGCCCCAUCUACAGGCUCUCCUCUCGGCACAUGAUACAGUAAGUCUGAGGGACUAUGAGCUGGAAUUGCCACCACUGCCUAAAGACAUCCCUGAAGAUGAGGAAGCCAUGAGGAUCAUUUGCCUGGUCAAAAACAAUCAGCCUCUGGGGGCAACGAUCAGGAGAGAUGAGGUGACAGGUGACAUAUAUAUUGCUCGGGUUAUACAUGGAGGACUGGCUGACCGCAGUGGUCUCUUGCAUGCUGGAGACAGACUGGUAGAGGUGAAUGGUCAUCCUGUGUUUGGACUGGAACCAGAACAGAUCAUCCAGAUUCUAGCCCACUCCCAUGGAACCAUAAUGUUCAAGGUGGUUCCUAUCACGGACAGGCCAGUCAAUAAUCAAACCAUGCUUUAUGUGCGUGCCAUGGUGGACUAUAACCCUCAUGCGGACCCCUCCAUCCCCUGCGCAGACGCUGGUAUGGCCUUCAGGAAGGGAGAUAUCCUGGAGAUUGUGGAUCAGACAGACACCCUCUGGUGGCAGGCCAUAAAACUGUCAAGCAUCUCUGCCGGCGCUGGCCUCAUUCCCUCCACCAGCUUGUUCAAAAGGAAGCAGAAAGAGCACUGGUGGUCUCAGCCUUAUCAACCCCAUACCUGUGUCAAACUCUUGAGCCCAGUGGAUGAAGAAGAGGAUAUGAUUGCCAUAGAUGAAAAAUUUGUAGAAGCAGGUAAAAGCUGGUACUGCAAUUGGUGUAUUAAUGCAUGUGUGCUUGAUCAUGGUAUUCAACUCAUUCUAAACUUCCUUUCUGUAUGCACAGAUGAGGAAGCGUUUGAAUCUGAAGAGCUAAAGGAUGAGGAGAGUGAAUUCAGCACCAACAUUGAGGGGUUUUAUUUGACUGGUUUUCAGCGCAGUCUACGUCUCUGUCGCCGGCGGAGGGGUCAGGCUUUUGGAACAUCCCAGUUCUGCUCCCUUCGUUGCCCCAUGAGCUGUUACAGUUCCCUGGCUAAUCCUUAUGAGGAGGUGGUGCGAUACCAGCACCAUCAAGAACACACACACCUCCUCAUAGCACUGCUGGGUCCAUCUGGGGUCGGGGUGAAUGAAUUACGCAGGAGGCUAAUCAAGAUCAAUCCUAAGGUUUACCAAGGAGCUGUUCCCCAUACCACACGACCACCCAAAUGCCAUGAGGAAUCUGGCAGAGAAUAUCACUUUAUAAGCCGAGAACAGUUUGACAACAUGGUCUGCAAUCACAGGUUUAUUGAGUUUGGGGAGUUUAGAGGUCAUCUCUACGGCACUAGUGUGGAUGCUAUCAAAGAUGUUUUGACCAGUGGGAAGAUCUGUGUGCUUGACAUUGAGCCAUAUGCAUUGGAGUCAGUGAGGACCCCAGAGCUGAGGGCAUAUGUCAUCUUUAUAAAGCCUCCUUCUACUGAGCAGAUGAAGCAGACACGAAUGAACUCUCAUAUCAUCACAAAUUACUACAUCAGCCGGCCCUUUAAGGAUGAAGAUUUUCAGGAAAUAGAGAAUGCAGGACGUAAAAUAGAACAGCAUUACUGUCAGUUCUUUGAUCAUGUGAUAGUAAAUGAUGGCUUACAGGCUGCAUGUGUGCAGCUGCUGACUGCAGUGAGGAGAGCUCAGGACGAACCCCAGUGGGUACCAGUUGCAUGGGUCAGACCAACUGACCAGUCUUAAUAGAGAAUAUGCAAAUGCAAAUAAACAAUAACUAUGCAAAUAAACUUUUUAUUUUUCAUUGUAUAUGGUGAAAAUGCUGUAUGUUUUGUCUGUAAAAAUGUUAGUCUGAAUACAAAAUAAUUUCUUUGCACUUUUCUUUUUUUUUUUUUUUUUUUGCAACUGUCACAAUCUUUCGUUUCGAUAUUUUGUUCACUCUUUGGGGAAAAAAAUAAAAUAAACCUAAACUCUUAUUAAUCUCCCCAAAGAGAUUUAUCAUUGUUGAGCACUUUAUUUGAUGUAUUCCAUUAGAAAAGAAAAAGUAUCAACCAUACAUUAAGCCUACUGUGCUACAGUAUAUUAUCAACACCACUGACCAUUCAAAAUCACCCUUAAAAAUACUUAUAUUUAUCAUGGAUUAUUAGAGUCAGUGAGGACCCCAGAGCUGAGGGCAUAUGUCAUCUUUAUAAAGCCUCCUUCUACUGAGCAGAUGAAGCAGACACGAAUGAACUCUCAUAUCAUCACAAAUUACUACAUCAGCCGGCCCUUUAAGGUGGGAUUACAACUCUGUCUUGAGCUACUGUGUAAUAUUUACUGUAUGUCUUAAAGGUCUCUCAACCUCAUCCUUCUCUAUAUCUCGCUUUCUGCAUGGGUCAGACCAACUGACCAGUCUUAACAGAGAAUAUGCAAAUGCAAAUAAAUAAUAACUAUGCAAAUAUGCAACUAUGCAGCCCACCACUGCUCAACCAAACUCAAGACAGCCUCAACAGAUUUAUUUGAUCAGCUGCUGAUCAAAUGAAGGCGGGCAUAUUUUAAUUUUUCGUGAUGGGGCAGAAACAGUAAACUGGUUAACGGGUUAGACAUUUAGUGGAUUAAGAGACUGGAUAACUAAAUGACCCCCAGUUAAUGUAGCUCUGGGUGUAAUGACAGUAUGUGUAUGUGUUGUCAUGCUGGAGAUCUGGGUUCAAAUCCCACUUUUUGACAUAAUUUUCCCCAUGUCUCUACUCUUAGUAUUUCCUAUAAUACUACUUAUAGUAAUAAAUAAAAGAGAUUCCUCGUAGUGAUUUGGUCACAGUAAAGGUCGGGGAGUUGAG